GACUGUUGGUUUUUUGAGCACUAUGUUUACUGUUAACUUUACAAUCAAACCAAGAUUGUGUGCUGUAUUAUCCAGGUGACACAUCCACAGUGCCCAUUGAUUAAACAGAACUGAUAACUGGAAAAUAAUUCUUGAUGAUGUCGGAUGCAGACACCCCACUGCAUCUCUUGAUAUACAUCACUGCAUUCCUGAUCGGUCUCCCUAAUGCAGUACUGGCAUUCUGCUGUUGCAUCCGCAAGAUCCACAGUAAACCUCUCCCUAUUGACAUAAUCAUGUUGAACCUCGUGAUUUCUGACCUCAUCUUCCUCACCUUUCUCCCUGUGAAGAUGAAAGAGGCAGCAGAUAAUAUGGUCUGGAAUAUGCCGUAUAUCCUGUGUCAUCUUAAUAUGUUCCUUUUCUUCCUGCCAAUUUACAGUAGCUGCCAAUUUUUGGCAGCAAUUAGCGCUGAGCGUUACGUAUGCGUCACUUUCCCAGUAAAAUACAAGAAUCCAAGGAGAAUCACUUAUACGAUACUAAUAUGUGCUCUUAUCUGGAUGAGUGUUACAGUGUUGAUAGUAAUAAUAUACAAGGCUGCAUACACUGGUUCAGAAAUCAUCACUAACCAGACAGAACCUCAACAGUGUUACAAUGAUUUUACCCCACUUCAACUCCAAGAUGUGCUCAAAAUCCGACUGGGUUUUGUAGCUGUUCUUUUCUGUAUACCCCUCAUCAUUUGCUGCUUUUGUUACAUCAAUACCAUUCGUAUUUUGUUAAAGCUUCCUCUUAUUAAACGUUGUCGCAGGCUCCGGGCCAUAGGACUGGCUCUCGGGACGCUGCUUGUCUUUGCUAUUUGUUUUGCACCUUACAACGUAUCUCACAUUGUGGGCUACAUUACACAAGAAAAUCCAAAGUGGCGCAUGCACACUUUAACUGUGACCACUUUAAAUGCAUGUUUUGAUCCUAUUAUUUUUUACUGUAUCUCUUAUGAGAUGAGAUUGGCAUUUAAAGUCUGUGCAAAAGGUUUUAUUAAGUUUUAUGUUCGUAUAAAAUCAUUUGAUGUUGCUGUCAUACUUAAAUAAAUUGUACAGAACAAAUAUGUAAAUAUAUCAGGCACACUGCAUUAUAUGGCUACAUAUAAAAUGGUCAA